CCAUUCUCAAGCAGGUCAAGCUCCACCGACAAUGUCGUCCUACUAUGGCGACGGCGCGCGCUCAGCCCCAGCAUGGGACACAUUAGACGCGGGCUACGACGACGAAGUCAUCGACCAGUCCGACUAUCAGUUUGCAAACCGUGACCACAUCCUCUUUGCGAUUGAUGGGUCAGAGUCAAUGCACACGCCUAUGCCGGACGAGCGGAACAGCGCUGGCGUGAUCCGCGGCAAGAGCGCCCUGCACCAGGCCCUCGAGGCUGUCGUCAGGAGUGAACGUAACAAGGUCGUCACGGGUCCAGCGGACAGCGUCGGCCUCCUGCUCUAUAACCUUGAUCCAGAGAAGGUGCCCGCAUCCCCGCAUGGGACGUACAAGCCUGGCACGUAUGUCGUCCAGGCCGUCCGCCAAAUCAACCCCUCCGACAUCAAGCGUCUGGUCAAGCUCCUCCAGACUGCUAAUGAGCAGUAUGAUGAGCAAGAGGACAGUGACGAGCCAACUGUCGAGCCGCCCAUUCUUCGCAAGACCUUCCCUCCGUGCGCCCCUAAGAACGAGCUCAACAUUGCCGAUGUCUUGUCCACCUGCAAUUUCCUCUUCCGUGACGGUGGCACCAAGCUUGCUGGAAACAAGCGCGUGCUUAUUGUUACGGACAACGAUGAUCCACCGGGAAGUGAGAAUCGCGCGCCGGCCAGGACUGUCUGCAGCGACCUCGAGGCCUACGGCGUCAGCAUCGGCCCGUUCUUUGUCAGCCGCACUGGUCAUAAGUUUGACCCAGACAAGUACUGGAACGACAUCCUGGGCCGAGAUGCGAGCGACGAUAUCGCCGACCAAGCAGCUGACGGCCUCGAGAUGCUGUCAGACAUGAUGUGUGAUCUGGUCAUCCGUCAAGCGCCGAAGCGCAAGCAGUUCUCUAUCCCGCUGAAGUUUGGCGGGCGUGAAGGUGACAUCGUUAUUGGCGUUAGCGGGUACUCCCUUGUGUCUGAGCAGAAGAAGGGCCAGCCCAAGCUCGUCCGUAUGCGCGGCCAGACGGUGGAGGAAGUUGCUAUCAAGACAGUGUAUACGUCAGCCGAGACAGGAGGCGACCUCGCCGAAAAUCAAAUCACCCAGGCGUUCCAGUUUGGCGACGAGUCCAAGGUGAAGAACAUUCUCGAGCCAAACUGGUGGGAGUCGGACGAGCACCAGAGACAGCAAGAAAUAUACGCCGAAGAGCUAUUAAAGCUAGAGCGAGCUCGGAGAGAUCGCGGCGAUGACGGAGAUGAGGAAAUGGAUGACACGGUGGCAGCGCCGGACACCCUCCCGAAUGGCCGUCCCAGAGUUGUGGCUCGCACUCGUCUCCAGUUCUCAGACAACGAGAUCAAGGAGUUAAGGUCGUUGGGUAUCGAGCCCCAGAUCAAGAUCCUUGGCUUCCAGUCUCCCGAGAGCUUACGUCUCGAGGACAAUGUCAAGCACUCGUUCUUCAUUUACCCAGACGAGAAUGUAGGUGCCAAGGUCAGGACUUCUCUAACCUACCAGAUGUACACGGGCUCCACUCGCACCUUCACCGCCCUGCUCCAGUCGUGUGUCAAACUCAACCGCCACGCACUCGCAUUGUGUCGCUUCAGGAUCAACAGCACCCCCGAGAUGUGUGCGCUCAUUCCCCAAGAGGAGACGUUCACCAAGGAGGGAGCGCAAGAAGAUCCCCCCGGAUUCCAUGUCAUCGUCCUGCCGUUUAUCGACGAUAUUCGCGACCCACCAAAGGCCUACACGGAUAAUCUGACUGCCACCGACGACCAGACCAAGGAGAUGGAGAAGCUCAUGCGCAAGCUGCGUUUCAAGUCGAGGAAAUACGUGUCGGAUGCGUACCCGAACCCAGCACUGGCGUACCACCAGGAGCAGCUUCAGGCUCUUGCGUUCGAGGAGGACUUUGACACGGAGCAGUUCGAAGACCGCGCACUGCCAAAGUACAAGGGAAUCCACACGGCUGCCGGUGCAAUCAUGUCCAAGUGGAAGCAGCUUAUUGACGACGACGAACGAUCAAGGAUUAUCCUUGCGACCAAGGGUCCCGUCAAGCGUGCGGUGGUGGAGAUUGAUAAAGAUGACCUGGCGGACGUCGAAGGCGCUUGGAAGAAGGGCUCCCUCGACAAGCUCAAGGUCCAGGAGCUGAAGGACUACGCCAAGUUUAACAAGAUCUCCCUCGUCAACCGGUCCAAGAAGGCGGACAUCAUCGACGCGAUCCAGGACCAUCUGGACUCUAACCCUCCCGGUGGUGCCAAGAAGUCAAAGUCGUAG